AUGGCUUUUGGAAGCUUUGUGGUAUAUGACCCAAGCGACGAUAUUCCCUCUUCAGAGUGGGCUGCAGACAACGCGUAUGUCUUCGACUGGCAUACCCAGGGCGUAACAUAUCAACAGUUUGCAAUCAAUGGUUCUCAUUUCUACAGUGGUCAAAAAGGACAGAUCAGCCAUGAGGUUCUGGAAAACCACUCGAAUGACACCAGCGUCCUUGUGGCGACGGAAGGAUCAACCGUGAAUGUCGAGCAUUCGACCAUUAUCAAAACUGGUUACUCCUCCAGCUUAACCCAGGCUAGCUUCUUCGGCGCCAACGCAGCUGUGAAUAACGCCAACGGCUCAACCCUCUACCUAUCCAAUGUCAACGUUACUACGCACAACGGCGCUGCUAAUCUGUAUACCCAUGGGGAAAAGAGCGUUAUUUACGCUGAAGAUAUCUGGGCGUAUAGCUCUGGCCCUGUCUCCCACGGGUUCUAUGCUUCGGGUAAUGGUACCAUCCAUGCAAAGAAUGUUCAUCACUAUUCGGGUGGUGCGCGGUGUUCUUCUUUCAGCGGGGAUGUUCCUAAUGGGUACAUCCAUGCCGAGAAUGUGAUUGCUCAUACUGAUGGGAUCGGGUCAGCAAUUUGCUUCUUACAAGGCGUCUGCAAUAUGACAAAAGUGGUCGGAUAUGCCCGAAACGCCCCAAUUAUGUUUAGUGACGGUGCGAUGGGGCCUGUUACAGGAAUCUGGAAAGACUCAGACUUAACAGCUGGGCUACUCGCCGGGAUAAUGAUGCUAUCUGAUUCAAAAAUCAAUGAUGGAUCCGUCACUGUCCUUGAUAAUACCAAGCUCACGGUACUGGGGGCGACGAUGCCUGCUCUGUGGGCCGGAAAUAUUAUUGCAGACGCGUACAUCAAGUCCUCCUCCAUCAACAACACUGCGUCGGGAAUCUUGGCUGUAGCCAAUUAUUCUUUUGUCACGCAAGACUUCGACUACUACGCGGGAUACGAUGACAAUAAUGAUUUGUCCCCUGGUCAACUUACUAUACACGUUGAGAAUUCCGACCUUUCUGGCUCCCUGGUAGCCUACAACAAGUCAUCGAUUAAUUUCAAUUUGGCUGAAUACUCGAAUUGGACCGGUGAAGCUAAAGUUGGCUUCGGGAAAGCCUAUCUGGCUGUUCAUCUGGAUAAAACUUCGACCUGGACUUUGACGGGGAAUAGUGCCAUUCAGAACUUUUCCGAUGCCGAUACAUCCCUUAAAAAUAUUGCCAGCAAUGGGUUCAGUAUCACGUAUGACAAAAAGUCUCAGGCUAACUCGGGGUUGAAGGGGAAGACAUAUAAACUUCCUGGCGGUGGAUUCCUUCGGCCGGAAUAA